GCAAAAGAGUCCAAAGUAAACGUAGGCCUUUUGCUCACAUCUUCAUAUUUCAUCCUUCCUUCUUAUCACUACUUAUCUGCUUAUCAAUUCAAAUUUAAUUUUCCAUGCAUAUCACUCUGCAACUGCAAACCCCUUCUUCACUCUCUCACCCUCUCAAAACUCGACACGUGUCCACAAACAAUUCAUAUAUCCCCACUUUACCCCCCACGUUUCCCACCGCCAUUGUCCAGCUCAAUACACCCUCGCGUGCAGAAACAAAAAACCAUCAAAUCAACAAUAAUUGGCCCCUCUCUCUCUCUCUCUCUCUCUCUCUCUCUCUCUCCUCAUUCUUGUUCAAAUCUUCUCCACCACCACCGCCACCACACAUCACGGCGGCGCCGCCACCCAGAAACCCAGAAAAAAAAAUGCAGUCUUGGCGCCAAUUAAUGAUCCCGUUAUUACUCAUUGUCUUUGUUAGUUCAUGUUUAGUAUUGGCGGGAACCGCCAUUGAAGAAGAAUCUGGAUCUUCAAUAUACGAAGUUUUGAAUUUAUACGGGUUGCCGGCGGGUUUGCUUCCGAAGGGGGUGAAGAAUUACAGCCUGGACAAUUCGGGGAGAUUCGCGGUCCACCUGGACCGGGCUUGCAAUGCAAAGUUCGAGGACGAGAUCCACUACGACGCAGACGUUUCCGGCAACAUUAGCUACGGGCAGAUCGACGGUCUGUCGGGAAUCAAGGCGCAGGAUUUGUUCUUGUGGUUUCCGGUUAUUCAAAUACGGGUCGACGUACCCAGCUCGGGUUUGAUUUACUUCAAUGUGGGCGUUGUUUCUAAGCAGUUCUCUCUCUCUCUGUUUGAAACUCCGAGGGAUUGUUUGGCUGUUCCGGGUUCGGAUCUUCUUCUUGCUGGAGCUCCGUUUGUUUCAAAGAUUAUUCACCCGGGUAAGCUCCGAUAUACAUUUGAUAUCGAUAAUUCAUCAAGAACCGGAUUGUAAGAUUUUGCGGGAAAAAUACGAUGCACCAUUAGCUUCAAUCACAUUACGAUUUUUUUCCGGUUCUUGUAAUGUAUAGAACAGCAGAGAGUCAGCUUUAGCGAUCGAUCGAUCACCGUUUAUUUGUUCUAGAAUCUUCUCCACGAUCAAAUUGAAGUCGACAUUGAAGGAUUCGUGUGGAAUAUAUAUAUAUACAUACAUACAUACGGGAGAUGAGAUAAUCACACGGGAUCAAUUGAGGGUUGGUAAUAAGGUGAUAUACAUUUGCCUAAGUUUGUUAGUCAAUGUGGAGAUAGGAAUAUUGUUUGAAAUUGAUUUUCUCUCUCUCUCUCUCUUUUUUUUUUUUGUUGUUGUUGUUGUUGUAGUAUUUAAGUAUUAGAUGAUGAACUCACACUUAUUUCUAUCAUGGAAUAAAAUAAGGAAUAAAGGGUUGUUAUUUUUUCGGUUUUUCA